AUGGGGAAACGCGGAGGGGUCUCCGCGGGCCCGAUCCCGGAGCCGGUGCGCAGCUUCGAGCGCUGGAAGAAGAAAUACGCCCAGCGCCAGACCAAGCUGCGGCUGCAGCGCCGGCAGAAGAAGCGGCCCGAGUGGGAGGUGGAGAGGGAGGCGAUCGCCCGCCUGGAGCGGCGCUACUCGGAGAUAAAUGCAAAUGAAAUAGUAAGGUUUUCGGAUUUCCCUCUAUCCAGGAAGACGCUAAAAGGUUUGCAAGAAGCUCAGUAUCGCAUGGUGACUGAAAUCCAGAGGCAGACUAUAGGUUUGGCGUUACAAAGUAAAGAUGUGCUAGGAGCUGCAAAGACUGGUUCAGGCAAAACCUUGGCUUUCAUUGUACCUGCUCUGGAAAUCUUGUAUCGCCAACAGUGGACUUCCAUGGAUGGGUUGGGAGUUCUGAUAAUAUCACCAACCAGAGAGUUGGCCUACCAGACAUUUGAGGUCCUGCGGAAAGUGGGAAAGAAUCACGACUUUUCAGCGGGGCUCAUCAUUGGUGGAAAGGACUUAAAACAAGAGUCGGAGAGAAUCCACAAUAUAAAUAUACUGAUAUGUACGCCUGGCCGGCUUUUACAGCACAUGGAUGAAACGUCGUAUUUUCACGCCUCUAACCUGCAAAUGUUGAUACUUGAUGAAGCUGACAGGAUUUUGGACAUGGGCUUUGCUGAUACAAUGAAUGCAAUCAUAGAAAACCUUCCCAAGAAACGCCAGACACUGCUUUUCUCAGCAACGCAAACAAAAUCGGUGAAGGACUUGGCGCGACUCAGCUUGAAAGAUCCGGAAUACGUCUGGGUACACGAAAAGGCAAAGUUCAGCACCCCGGCAACUUUGGAACAGAACUAUGUUGUUUGUGAGCUGCCUCAGAAAAUCAGCAUGUUGUAUUCAUUUUUGAGAAGUCAUCUGCAUAAGAAGAGUAUUGUAUUUUUUGCAAGCUGCAAAGAGGUUCAAUACCUGUUCAGAAUGUUCUGCCGCCUUCGUCCUGGCCUGCCCGUCCUGGCUCUUCACGGCAAACAGCAGCAGAUGAAAAGAAUGGAAGUCUAUAACGAUUUUGUGCGCAAGAAAUCAGCAGUUCUCUUUGCUACGGAUAUUGCCUCUCGGGGGCUGGAUUUCCCUGCAGUGAAUUGGGUCAUUCAGUUUGACUGUCCAGAGGAUGGAAAUACCUAUAUUCACAGAGUUGGAAGAACGGCCAGGUACAAAGAAGGCGGAGAAGCUUUGCUCAUACUUCUUCCUUCAGAAGAAAAAGGCAUGGUUCAGCAGCUGUUGCAGAAGAAAGUUCCUAUCAACAAAAUCAAAAUCAACCCUGAGAAGCUUGUGGACAUCCAGAAGAAGAUGCAGUCCUCCUUAGCUCAAGAUCAAGCAUUGAAAGAGAGAGCUCAAAGAUGUUUUGUUUCCUAUCUGCGAUCUGUCUACCUAAUGAAGAACAAAGAAGUAUUUGAUGUAUUCAAGCUACCUGUGGCUGAAUAUGCCCUCUCCCUUGGACUUGCGGUGGCCCCUCGUGUGAGAUUUCUACAGAAAGCCCAGAAGAAAAUGCUUGGAAAUGACCCUGAGACAGAAUGCCUGUUAGGGGGGACAGAUCACCCUGAAAAAGCACCUUCUUCUUUAAGCAACGAAGAGGCAGAGAAAUGCAGAACACUCUUCAGUGAAACAGUAACAUUAGCAGAAGAGAUGCGAGAGCUUCCCAGCAAAGACAAUGGAACGGAGGAUGAUGUGUUGCAGGGAGAGUCUGAGUCAGAAGACGAGCCGCUAAUGCACAAGGACUUGGAACCUCCACCUGUGCAGUUCUUUGAAGAUGACGACGACACAAAGGAUGUCGAUGUGCUGACCGUAAAGCGACGGAAUGUCUUUGGCUUGGAACCCAGAAGCAGUGUGCCUUUGUGUUUGUUGAUGGCUAGGCAUGCAAAUGGCAUUGAGAUGAAGGUCAGGAUUGAUAUAAUGGCUGCUGAUAUCAAAAAGGCACUGAUUGCCUCCUGA